GCAGAAAGCUUUUCUCAAAUAACGAAUGACGAGCUUGACAAUCUUAUUAAAGCUAUCCUAACAAUAACGCCGCAGUCUGGGCUUGGUUUAAUCCGAGGUGCUUUGAGAUCUAGAGGUUUAUUAGUACGGCAAAGACAUCGCGUAAUUGCUGCCUUGCAGAGAUUAGAUCCA